AUGUCGCAGACACCUUCGGCAGCUUGCUGCAAUACCCCAGCCGUCGUCAGCAAGGGCUAUAAAGAGAAGGGUAGCUACAUUACUGUCGACGGGCUGAAGACUUAUACCACCGGACCAUCGUCAGCUAAGCAGGGCAUCCUGGUCAUCUUCGACAUCUUCGGGUUCUUCCCACAAACCCUCCAGGGUGCCGAUAUCCUUGCCCAUGCAGACAAAGACCACCAAUACCAAAUUUUUAUGCCGGACUGGUUCGAAGGCAAACCAGCCGACAUCUCAUGGUACCCUCCUGAUACAGAAGAGAAGGGAAAGAAGCUGGGCGAGUUCUUUCAGACCACUGCUGCACCUCCCAAGACUGUCGAACGAGUGAAGAAGGUAAUUGGGGAAUUGAAGGCCAACCACCCAGAAGUGAAAGACUGGGGCAUAGUUGGGUACUGCUGGGGUGGGAAAAUUGUUAACCUGGUCUCUCAAUCUGGAACGCCAUUCAAGGCAGCUGCUGCGUGCCACCCGGCAAUGGUCGACCCGAACGACGCUCCCGAUGUGACGAUUCCGAUGCUCAUGAUUCCAUCCAAGGAUGAGGAUAAGGCCGCCGUUGAACAGUAUGAGGCGAAACUGAAAGUGCCCAAGCAGGUGGAAUGGUAUCCCGACCAGGUGCACGGCUUCAUGGCCGCCAGAAGUGAUCUGGACGAUCCGAAGGUCAAGGCCGCGUAUGAGAAAGCAUACCAAACACUGUUGAACUUCUUCCACAAAUACCUCUAA